AUGGCAGAAGCGGAUCCUAACAGGGUCUCGGAACCUGCCGCCCAGGGGGUGGAUGGAGAGAUGGUAGCUAUCUCGUCUAGCGAUUCUGGGGACGAAUCUGACAGCAGCAGCUAUAGCAGCAGCAGUAGUUGCAGUAGCAGCAGUGUCCGCAGCCCAUUCUAUAGAAGUAUAAGUGUACCUGGGCCCUCCAGAAGUGUGAGGCGGGCUCCGUCAGGUAGAAGUUUCGUGGAUCAGCUGCCUCGGGCAGUUAGAAAUCGUGUGCAGGCUCUCAGAAAUAUUCAAGACGAAUGUGACAAGGUAAACGCCCUGUUCUUAAAGGCAAUUCACGAUCUCGAACGAAAAUAUGCCGAACUCAAUAGGCUUCUGUACAACCGGCGAUUCCAAAUCAUCAAUGCAGAAUAUGAGCCCACGGAAGAAGAAUGUGAAUGGAAUUCGGAGGAUGAGGUGUUCAGCAGCGAUGAAGAGAUGCAGGAAGACUCUAGUGAGAUGCCUGCUUUAGAGAGUGAGGAAGAAGAGGAUGACCUGGAAGCAAAACCUGAGGUCAAGGCUGAAGAAAAUGUAACACUAAAAGAAAAUUCCAAAGCAAAGACUGAAGAAAAAGCACAGUCCAAAGAUGCUCUGGAGGCCAGGCCUGAAGUAAAAGAAGAUCCAAAGUAAGCCCUCCAGGCAAAGGCAGAAGAUGAAGCGCAGGCUAAAGCAGCAGAGGCUAAGGCAAGGACUCCAGGAAAAGAGGCUCCAAAAAGAGUUCCUGAGGUCACGCCUAAAGAUAGAGCUCUUAAAAGAGCUCGAAAAGGAAAGCCUAAAAGAGAAGAUCCUAAAAGCAUUCCUGACUAUUGGCUGACUGUGUUCAAGAAUGUUGACAAGCUGGGGCCCAUGAUUCAGAAGUAUGAUGAGCCCAUUCUGAACUUCCUGUCUGAUGUUAGCCUGAAGUUUUAAAAACCCAGCAGGCCUGUAAGUUACACAUUUGAAUUUUGCUUUCUACCCAAGAAUGAGGUGCUGACCAAGAGAUAUAUAAUAAAGUCAAAGCCAGAUCGCAAUGAUCCCUUCUUCUCUUGAGACUGGAAAAUCCAAGAUUGCAAAGGCUGUAAGAGGAGAAGAGGAAAGGAUGUCACAAUGACAACCACCCAGAGUCGCACAGCAGCUACUGGACAAGUUGAAACCCAGCCAAGAGUGGUUUCUGAUGCAUCAUUCUUCAAUAUCUUUAGCCCUCCUGAGAUUCCUACUAUCGGAAAGCUUGAACCACGAGAAGAUGCUAUCCUUGAUGAAGAUUUUGAAAUUGGUCAAACUUUGCAUGAUAACGUCAUCCUGAAAUCAAUCUAUUACUAUACAAGAGAAGUCAAUGGUACCUGAUUCCAUAAAGAUUAUGGAAAUAGGAAAUAACGAAAAUAUAAAAGAGGCUGCAUGAAAGAAUUUUCAGGAAUCUCAAAUUUCAAGCAGAAAUGA